AGCGGGGAAGCAGUGGGGAACGGUGCAGGGAGGGGGAGAUCGAGGUGGGGGGAGAGGGGGGGAGCGAGGGGGUAGGCACGGGGGAAGGGGGGGGUGGAGCGGUGGGGGGAGAGGAGGAGGAAGGAGAGGGGCAUGGCAGCAGCAGUGGGGAGGUGGGGGAGGGAGGGGGAGGGGUGGUGGGGACAUGGGAGGUAGAGGAGGCAGGGGAAGGGGCAGGGGUGGGGGGAGAGGAGGCCAGGCACCUGGCAGGGGGAGUGGUGGGGGAGGAGGAAGGGGAGGGGGGGCAGGUGGAGGGGGAGCAGGGGGAGGGGGAGGUGGGGCAGGGAGGAUGGCGGGAGUGGUGGGGUCUAAGCAGGCGGAUGCUGUCACAGCACUGA